ACACACUAGGUCCUGAGCUCAUUAAAUAAUCACUGAACUGAACAGCACAAGGAUGUGAACUUGUUACUUGUUUUCUCUGAUCCCUCCCUCAGCGCAUCGUGACCAUUGGGCUCAAGCACCUAAAACCAUCAUAUCACUCUAAUCAAAUACUUAAAAGCCAGAGACUUUGAAAUUAUUCAAAUCAAGUUCAGGAUUACAUUCUUAAAUUUAUUCUGGCCACUUCUAUUUAGCAACUAGCUAACUACCAUCCCAGGAGGGGGAAAAAAAAGCAUAAGCUGAAUGAAUUUGGUCAGACAUAUCAUGUAACAGAUGUUCAACGUGCUGCCAUGAGCUUAAAUCAUAAAUAUGAUGGCUGUGUUUGCCAUGGCAAAAUAUAUUAGAAGUGUUUUUUCAGUCACAGGGCAAUUUGAGAGAUGGAAGGGGAAUAAUCCUGAAAAAUGCAGAAGCUGCUUCUAGUGGCAUCUCAAAAGGAGCCCUGCAGAAACACAGAUAAUCUGCUUGCAAGGAUUCAUCAAGUUGGUCCUUUGUUUCCCUAAUUUGAGUGUCAAGUGCAACUGUACAAUAAAGAAUUGCCAAGACCCGAUAAGAUUCUCUUCUGGCUGCUGCUUUUCCAGCCCUAACAACUGGUACUAUUCAUGCCUAAAGCACAAAUUGAAUAAAUAGCUUCAAGGCUGGCAAUGUUGGACUGUGUUUUGAAUUUUUUGUUUUUACUUGAAAGGCUAAAUCCCAUGUGUGUCUUGCCUUCUCCCAAACACAUGGCAUAGUCAUUGUUGCACCAAUAACGUUAACUUUCUUAAUACUAAGUACGGAAGGAUGCCCCAUAAAUUAAAAAUAGUUCCUGUUGUAUCAUCAGUCCAGCAAUGGAUUAGUGAAAGAUUAAAAAAGGGUUGUAAUGCCUUUUUUGGCCUUGAGAAGGUUCUUAUUGUGUGUAUGGUUGAGUUAACCUGCUGAUCAUUUCCAUCUAAAUGUAAUCUUUAACAAUACUACAGGUGAGGUGUUAAGUAAUACAUUAAGACAACUAUUCUCACUGAGCAAUUUCAGAAGCAGUAUGUUUUUAACUAAAUCAGACAUUUAACAAGUACUAUUUGUAAUGCAGCACAGGGGAAGAGUAUCCUUAAAACAGGCUAUUGAUGUGAAUUUCCCCACAUAAAAGAAUAAUUUUAAAAUGCAAUCAAAGUUUUGAUGUAAAAUUAUGUACUAUCAGGGCAGUAGGCCAACACAAGGAGAGACCAAAGGCCUUAGGAAUCAGCAGGAAGCAGUUUUAUCUCGAGUAGCCAGAAAUCUUUCAUUAAAUUCAGGAAGAAUCUACAGGUCCAGGUAAUCAUGUGGCUAUGAUGUGCUGAAAGUUUUUUGACACAUUAAAAUCAUUAGAUGAACACUAAGAACCCCAAAGUUCUGGUAGAAAUAUAAAUUGUAAUAUUUAAAACAAGUAAUGAAAACUUAUAUGAAAAUUAUGCUAUAAAGAUUGCAUGAGAAUAACUUAAUUUGAGAAGUAAAAUUAAGAGGGAAGAGAAUCCUAGAAAGCUUACAGUUGGAAAACUGUAACAGUAAAGAAUAUUUUGGAAAAUCAUUUCUUGGCAAAUUUUCCUGUGCUACUAACAUAAAUGCAAAAGCUAUCAAUAAGGCUAUUGACAUUUGGGAGACUGACUUGUUUUGACCAAAAUUACGAAACAGAAAAUUUAGUUUGCUAUUUUUCAAAUGGUUAGGAAGUUCAGAAUCCAGUUAAGUUCUCCUUCCUUUUUGCUUGAUAACUUCAUAGAAGAUGAAUAAACCCUCGGGCCAAGAGGUAGGUAUCCUGGCACGGUUAACUCACUGGCCCCAGAAAUUCCGAGGCUGAAAAGACGAUUAUUUGGGGGCUAGAGAGGGGGAUGUAGAGGUCUUUAGGACCCAGCAGGCGGCGGCAGGCAGCAGUAGUGUAGGUCGCUGAGAGACUACGAGGGUCCGGUUCAGUUUUAAUUCUGUCUCGUCUCUCCGCAACAGCGGUGCUUCCUGCGUCCCGAGGUUCCCGUGCCCACUCGGCCGCGGCUGGCCGACGGGCAAUAAUCAAAGCCGCCCGCUCCCCAUCACCCACCAUGGAAACCUUCCAAGAAAAAGUGACCCCGGACGCGUGUGCCUGAGGAUUCCGCACAAAAGAGGUGCCCAAAAUGAAGACCCUGAUGCGCCAUGGUCUGGCAGUGUGUUUAGCGCUCACCACCAUGUGCACCAGCUUGUUGCUCGUGUACAGCAGCCUGGGCGGCCAGAAGGAGCGUCCCCCGCAGCAGCAGCAGCAGCAGCAGCAGGCAGCGGCGACCGGCAGCGCGCAGCCGUCGGCGGAGAGCAGCUCCCCCUCUCGCCCCGGGGCCCCGGCGGGACCGCGGCCGCUGGACGGAUACCUUGGCGUGGCGGACCACAAGCCCCUGAGAAUGCACUGCAGGGACUGUGCACUGGUGACGAGCUCGGGUCAUCUGCUGCACAGCCGGCAGGGCCCUCAGAUCGACCAGACGGAGUGCGUCAUCCGCAUGAACGAUGCACCCACGCGCGGCUUCGGGCGGGACGUGGGCAAUCGUACCAGCCUGAGGGUCAUCGCGCAUUCCAGCAUCCAGAGGAUCCUCCGCAACCGUCAUGACCUGCUCAACGUGAGCCAGGGCACCGUGUUCAUCUUCUGGGGCCCCAGCAGCUACAUGAGGCGCGACGGCAAGGGCCAGGUCUACAACAACCUGCAGCUCCUGAGCCAGGUGCUGCCCCGGCUGAAGGCCUUCAUGAUCACGCGCCACAAGAUGCUGCAGUUCGAUGAGCUCUUCAAGCAGGAGACUGGCAAAGACAGGAAGAUCUCCAACACGUGGCUGAGCACCGGCUGGUUCACGAUGACCAUCGCGCUGGAGCUCUGUGACAGGAUCGAUGUUUACGGCAUGGUGCCCCCGGACUUCUGCAGGGAUCCUAAUCACCCUUCAGUACCUUAUCAUUAUUACGAACCAUUUGGACUUGAUGAAUGUACAAUGUACCUGUCCCAUGAGCGAGGACGGAAGGGUAGUCAUCACCGCUUUAUCACAGAGAAACGAGUCUUUAAGAACUGGGCACGGACAUUCAGUAUUCACUUUCUUCAGCCAGACUGGAAACCAGAAUCACCUGCUGUAAAUCAUCCUGAGAAUAAACCUGUGUUCUGAGGAAUGAGUGUGCCAGACCGAAAUCCUAAGGACCUACUGUCUCAGACACCAGGGCACUGACCCUCUUGAACCACCAGAUAUGAAAGAGGAGCAGAACUGGUAGCACAAAAUAGCUUCACUCCUCCGGAAGUACCAUGUGCAGCUCCCCAGCAGAACUGGUAGCACAAAAUAGCUUCACUCCUCCGGAAGUACCAUGUGCAGCUCCCCAUGAAGGUGACCACAAAGCAGUGCAGUUGGUGUGUGAGGGAAAAUUCCAGAAUUAACAUCCAAGCAAGCGUCAUCCCUUUCAGAAGGGUCUAAGUUAGGGGCUGGACACUCAUUUCAGUGUUGUCGCCGCAGCUAAGAACAUCUUGGAUCUCUUUAAGUAUUGCCUUUGAACUGAAACAUGAGCAACUCAACAAUAUUAGUUAUAUUCCUUUAUAGAAAUACCACAUCAAAAGACAUUUUUGUAUCACAUUGUAUCCUAACCUGAUCUGUAACCUUAUCAUCUGUUGGACUCUGUACCUGUGAUUUGUAAAAAGCAGCCUAAAAGUAUGGACUUGAUUCAUGAAGAGCACAUCUCUCCACUGGCUUUCAUACAGCAAAUGCCUGAUAUUUAUUUAUUGAGAGUUUUUUAGUGUAUUCUAGCUCAAUAUUUUUAUAGAUUAUUAUUAUGUGGCAGGUUAUCCUUCUGAACUCUUUAAUCCAGAAUGAUGGCUGGGAAGGCCUAAGAUUGGGUCGGUAAGUUACUGCAUUCACAAUGCUCAUUGUUAGCAUAUAGUUGGGUAUUUGGCUUGGAAAUGUUAUCUUUCAUUUUUGAACCCUUAGGCUUCAAGAAUAGCUAUGACAAUUUCCAACAUGCAGAAAGACUCCAAAUGACAAUUGAAAACCAAAAACUGUGCCAUUAAACAAAAAGAAACCAACAAGAGAAACUUAAAGAUAGUUUUCAUUAGUAAUAAUUGAUGUAGGUUAUUUCACUUAAGCUCUAGUUCCCUCUUUGGCAGAGUGAUGUAACUGUUCCAGAUGACUGUAAAUUUAAUCCCAAGUCUAUAAUUCUAUGAACCUCUCAUUGACCCAUUUGAGGACUUUGGGCUUGGAAUGAUGGGGCUUCCACAGUAGCAGGAGCUUUAUUUUAGGGGUCCUCUUAAUAUUCCCUCACUAUCUCCCUCUGUAGUUAAGAACAUAUUUCCUCCUUGGUCCCCAUUGGCUAAAAUCUACCACCUGCUUUUCUGGUGCUUCUUGCACCAAAAAAAAAAAAUGAAAAAAUGGAAAACUUCCAUGGUGUUCACAGGCUACAAGAGCUAGGAACUACCCUUCUGUGGGUCUAGGAAAUAGAAUGCACAGAGAUUCCCUAUCAUGUGACCCCUUUAUCCUAUGAACUCCUCAGUUUCACUCACUGCAAAUCUUACAUUACCUUCACUGCCAUUCCCUGGUCUGGAGAAGGACUUAACUUUGUUCAGAGCCAAUAUCAGUUAGCAUGAAGAUUUUUCAUUUAAGCAAGUAAUAGUGUUCAAAAAAUAGUCUUUAAAAAAUACACAUGUGUUUCCUUACAUAUGUCUUAGGAGGCAUUAGUUUCUCCAAUGCUAAAUGUGAAGGCACCAGCAAAUAUCAUAUGGAGACUGACAUUUUACAGAACAUGAUGUGACUUGUGAUUAAAGAAGGUUUCUCACAUCACCUUUUCUUUUCCCAUUCCUUAAUUAGUACUAAGGUUCCAUUCCCUUGUGCUAACCAGCGCAGUAUUAAUUAUAUGGAGUACUGGUGUUGAGAUAUAAACAUAGACCAGGUAUCUGUAUAGCAGAAACAAAGUUGGUAUUGUAGUGGCUUGAGCUGUUGAAAGCCAGGGCAGCCGAGAUGUAUGUGUUCUUUACAUUUUCUCAUAAUUUUUAAAGAGACUAUAUAGAGUUUUAUUCCAGCACAAUCUCUUCUGCAGCAUGGACUCUGAACACACCACACUUUCUGAGUUAUGAAAAGUAUGAAUUUUGUAUAAUGGAUUUAUUAGCUGCCUUUACCAUCAUUUGAAGAGAUUUUGUUUCUUAAUGUACAUAGCUCCUUUCACAAGUUUUAUUUUUAUGGAAAUUUAGAAAGGCCCACUUAGGACAUGCAAAGAUGAAGUGAUAUUACCUAAUCUAAUAAUAUGUCAAAUGUCUGUGUUUAGGUUGUAGAAUCUGAUUUUGGAGUUUUGUUUUGUUUUAUGAUAGCUCCAUCUUUUUCAUAACUUCUUUCUCUCAAAUAUUUAAAGGAGUGAAAAGCAACCUAAUUCUGAAAUUCCUGGCUUCACUGAAAAAUAUUUUAAAUCUAUGUAUAGCUAGGAUAUGUAAGUAUGUGAAUUUAUAUUUUAAAAAAUAUGGUGUAAAUAAGUGUAAGAAAUUAUUGCUUGGGCAGUAGCUUCAGUACGGCAUUUAAAGAAAAAGCCGAGAAUUCUGACAGAUCGUGCUGAUGGACCUGGUUUUAGGCAAUUGAAUUCUUAUCUUGCCACUAUCAUCUCAGUAUGAUCAGUCUUAAUGCCAUUCAACACCAUUACACAUCAACUCUGAUAGAAAAGAUGCCUAUAAAACCAUGUUUACAGCCCUCAGUGAUUUCAGUAUCCAAGCCUGACUCAUACUGGUUACAUUACAUACCUUUUUCUUCUGUCCCCAGCUGUGUCAUCAGCUUCCUCCUCGCUUGUAAUGCCACAGUAAUACAAAGCCACAGCUGGCCGAUCUAUGGCAUCUGUUAUUUCAACGACAGAACAUUUGGCAGAGGCCAUUCCAGUAGAUAGCCAUUAUGGGCAAGACACAGGAAUUCACAAACAAAAUCAAUCACUUCAAAUGGCCCAUAAAAAAAGGAAUCUUACAUUUAAUAUUCUAUGGUAAAUAUUCACACAAGAUAGCGGACAUUAAAAGAACAUUAGGAGGUAAAUAUUCAGUGUGCUGCGUGGGGACUUUGCUGUGUGAUUUCCAUUACAGUUAAUGGGUGUUGAGUAACUAAUCCCUGUGCUUCACUAACCCUGGUAUGUGCUCCUAAGGGCUGGACAUAAAAACCAGAGCAUUUCAGGAACUUUCAAGGUCCUAAGAUUUCAGAAUGUGAGCUGUGUUUUCAAAAAAUAAGUGAAAGCAAAACACCUGGUAUGAUACCUAAAAGAGUAAGUUGUGGGUACUCACUUGGAAUCCUUUGGUUACUACCAGGUAGGUAGGUGGCUUGGAUUCCACACAACACCAGUGAAGACAGAUAACCUCUGUUUUCUGACAUUCUAUUACGGCCUAUUUUAAUUACAUUAAAAUGAAAGUAUAUAACCUCAUUUUGAAAUAAAAACUCCCUUCAAAAAUUAAAAUUGUUGAUUCCGGCAAAAUGAAUGCUAGACAAAAGUAGGAGGAACAAACUGAAAUUCUGUUAGGAUUAAGGCAGUGUUAUUUGCACACACAUGUACCUAUUUAAUACCCACGUAAAUAUUUGUCCUUAUAUAGGAGUGACCUCAUUUCAGAAAUAUACCCUGGAUUCCACUGGGGUGAUUCAGAUUGUUAAAGAGACCAGCUCUGAGAGAAGUGUCUGCACUCCCAUUCUCUCUCUCUAAAGUAUUAGGAAGUGAUGGUAACACUCCUACAUAUCUCAUACCUGAUCCAAUCAUUGCCUCCAUCCUCACUGCUUCUCUCUUGAACCUCAUUCCAUCUUUUUGCUGUAUUCUCUCCUUAUUGUCUUUCUCUGUGUACAGUGUGCUCUUAAACCAGCAGUCUUCCUUGUAAGUUUUUGAACUAGAAACCUACCUGGGGAACAUAUUUGGGGUAGGUCCUGCCAGAGCAAUGACCACAGUAGGUGGAGGACUACAUCUAGCUACAGGACAAGGCGCUUCAGAAGUACCAUCCUUGUGUCCCCAGGGCUGGGUGCAGGGGUGGAGUUCCAAGACACGAAAUUUCAGUGCUAAAACCAGGACAAUAGCCAGAAAAUUGGGACAGUGGGAUACCCUAUCAAAAGGCCACUUCAAAGAGAAUUAUAAUACUAAGGCCUUUGGGAACAAGGAGGGGGAACCAAUGGCCUAGGUUCUAGCACAUGCCAGAAAAUACUGUGGAGUGGAAAGAGGUAAAUGUGUGUCUCUAAGGCUUAAAAUGAACAGGAGUAACCCUUCUCUUCAAGCUCACUGGUCCCCACCUACUCAGGGUAUUGAGCUGACAUAGAAAUGCAAAAAAAGGCUGCAAUCCUGUUUGCUUCUACUCAGUGCCCUAAUAUUAUAUGCUACCUUCGAUCGUCCUUUGUUUUUUUUAUGUAGGUGUCCUGUUAGUCUAAUUAGAUUGUAAGCUCUUUGAUAGCAGGGACUUUUUCUCCUUUGUCUUUGUAGCCCCAUGCCUAGAACAGUGCCUUGCACACAAUAGGCGCUCAAUAAAUGUCUGUUGUUGAUAAUGACCUCUUAAUGUUGGCCUAUUGGAUUGGUAAUUGGUAUACAUUCUUUCAUUCACGUACAGGAGACAGAAUAGAUGAUGAAAUAGUUAAAUUUUAAGUGGGUUUUUAUAGGGCCGGUCCUUAAACCUGUAACAUUUUUAAUCAACAGAGCUGACCUAGAUUUGAGUUGGUUAAUGUUGCUGAAUUCAUUAGAUUUGCUAAUGUGGGUUGUACUGAACACACAGACAAAGUGAAGUUCAGCAAGCUUUGUGUUCUUCCUGUUAGCAAGCUGCUCUUAGCACAAAUUAAAUUUAAUAUUGACAAAUGCUAUACCACAUGCAGAAAGGCAGAAAGGUAGCUUGGGCUCUGACUUCUGUAGUUCAGCUGCAAAAGGGAAGCUAAAAUGAGAUGAGCUGUAGCUUGCCUUAAACUUGAUAGCUUCCUAAAGCUACUGGGAACCCAAAUGGCGGUUCCUGAAGGUCUAUAAAAUUAAGCAUACAUUUUUUCAAAAAAAAUAAAUAACCCUUUUGUUUCCAUGAAGCAGAUACAAAUGAUUUUGUUUCCCCCAAAACAUAAAGAGAAAGGAGAACUCUUGGGGGAAAAAAAAAACUGUCCGCAGGUGGAACAUUCCAGGCCCCUGUGUCACCACCUGGCCAGCACCUGGUGUUCAAUUACCUCCUGGUUACAGGAAAGGACAAGAUGGCAUAAGGUCAGUAAAGGUGAGCCAACUGCCAAUGGGUGCCUCUACAGGGGACCAGAAUCACCGCCUUCUUGAACAUGUGGACAUUCUGGGAUUCCUUUCUUUCACUGUCUGCUCUUCCAUAUAAUUUACUUAAUUGUGUGAUCCUGAUUUCAUUUUUUAAAGUAUAGGGAAAGGGCUAGAAGACACUGUAUCAAACUGAGAAGAGUUCUUAUUUCCAAAUGGGUGGGAUUAUAGACUUUUUCACAUUUUCUAAAUUUUGAUUGUAAGCACAAAAUGUUAUUUCAUAAAAUAUUUAAAAAGAUACAGUAAGUGUUCAAGCAGAAUCCCAUAGUGAUGUUGGGGAAAAUCUAGUACAUGCCAUCUCUAGCUGCACUUAAGAAAAUUUCCUUAACAAUGAUAUUUUAUUUACUGAAUAUCUAAUGGAUACUUUGCAUAGUGUAACUUCUUUAUGUCUACGUAUUUCACAGUAAUCCUAUUAUUCCAUUGUGCAAAUAAGCAAACUGAGACUAAGAGAGGUUGUGUAUCCGGCCCCCAGGUAAUGAAGUGAGAGUAGAUGCAUACCAGCAUUCUACCAAGUGUUUUAUACACAUACAUGCAUACAACCCCAAUAAAUAAACAGGGUCAUUUAUCAUUCCCCUUUUACAGAUGUGAUAACUGAGGCACAGCAUAUGUCAGUGACUCAUACAAGGUUAUGCAACUAGUAAGUGGGAAAGUCAGGUGAAAAGCUACAGGGUCGGCCUCCAGUCUGCCCUCAAUCACCACGUACUUCCCAGCAGAAAUGUAAUCCUAGAGGCAGCAAUUUCUAUUAGACUCUUCAUGAUAUUCUAUUACAUCAUUUUCAUGGAACAUGCAAUAUUUGAUACAUACAAAAUAAUAAGGGACAAAUAUGUAGAUUAUGAAGCAAACAUGACAAUAUUACAGCUACCCUUAUAGCUGCGUGAGUAUUCCUUCUACUGUUUAAGAUUUUUCAAUUUACUGUUCUCUUGCUUUCUAAAUAGUUUUAUUACAGAGAUAUAUCAAUAAAUAACAUAUUAUUUAGUUUUACAUAUGAAUAAACAUCAUAAGACUGUUAUAACACUGUGCAUUGUCUUCAAAAGCUUGCUUUUUUCAAAGAUUUGCCCAUUUUCUUUAUAUGUAACCCUAGUUUAUUUUUGUAUAAUGCCAUUA